AAAGGUUGCGUGUGUGAGAAAGUGCCGUCUAGUCAGAUUUAGAACCUCUGAAGUUGAUUUUUCCUGUAGACCAGCAACGCGCUAGCCAUUGUAAGAGCCCAUUGGUCUUCAUGGAACUCAGACUCUAGAACAGAGAAUGCAGUGCAUUGCUGGAACCUUGCUAUUACGUGACGUGAACCUUGAUGGCUAUUGGUGGACUGUACCAGACAUUCAGUGGAAUUUUCUCAUAACAUGAUGGAUUAGCUGUUGCUCGCAGCACAAUGCAUUCAUUUCAUAAUCUUCUGAGUUGCUGUAGCCACUAUUGCAGCUAGAAAAGGCAGUGUUCUAAUUUCGUUGGAGGAAACAUGAUCAUCAGCUAUGUUCAUUUUCUGACGGCUUAUGCCCUUCCCCUCUUACUGGUCUUCACUAGUUUCUUCACCAUGGGUUACUAUUUGGCCAAAUUGCUAUGGAAUGACUUUCUUCCUCGUCUAAGCAGAUCUGAUUCCGCUAACUCGAACUUAUCUGCUGAUCAAGUACGAAGGAAAUUCUAAUUUUCCAUUCCAAAUCUACUAGCAUGGCAAAACUGGUAGAGAUUUCCAAUCAACAACCAUGAAAACUGGCUUACGGGUCAACGAAAGAGAUAUAGGAAUGCUUUGUUUCGUCGAAGACCACUUGAACUGCUCACGCCAUUGUCUGGCUAAUCUGAUGGAAGGUGUACUUUCUAUUAUUCUGAGUAGAUUACAGGAUUAUGACUCCUUACUUCUAUUCUGGGAACAGAGAUAAUUCGUGGCUGUUCCGAGUUCUGUUAUGGUUGUUGGGAAAGCCUCUAUGCAUCCCUUAUUCAGCCACCAUAUCAGCUGUGUCCGUCACAAUGCAACAAUCGAUGUGGGAAUGGUACGAAACUCUUCCAAUUGAUGUAGAUUACCCUUUCAAAUUGGGCAUAAGAAGCA